GUGACAAACUGUUUAAAUGUGAGGAAUGUGCAAAGCUGUUCAGCCGCAAAGAGAGCUUGAAAGCUCAGGUUGACAGUGAGUACAGAUACAAGUGCACGACGUGUGAAAAGGCCUUUCGGAUAGAGAGCGCGUUGGAAUUCCACAACUGCAGGACAGAUGACAAGACAUUCCAGUGUGAGAUGUGUUUCAGAUUCUUUUCUACAAACAGUAAUCUUUCAAAACACAAGAAAAAGCAUGGGGAUAAGAAGUUUGCAUGUGAAAUCUGCAAUAAGAUGUUCUACCGGAAGGAUGUCAUGCUAGACCAUCAAAGGCGACACUUGGAAGGGGUGAGGCGUGUGAAAAGAGAAGACUUUGAGCACAGCACGGAAAACAUGGUUCGCUACAAGAAGGAGCCUUCGGGAUGCCCCGUCUGCGGGAAGGUAUUUUCAUGUAGGAGCAAUAUGAACAAACACCUUUUAACACAUGGAGACAAGAAAUACACUUGUGAAAUCUGUGGACGUAAAUUUUUCAGGGUGGAUGUGUUGAGAGAUCAUAUUCAUGUCCAUUUUAAGGACAUAGCGCUGAUGGAUGAUCACCAGAGGGAAGAGUUCAUUGGGAAAAUUGGAAUCUCAUCAGAGGAAAACGAUGACAACUCUGAUGAAAGUGCAGAUUCUGAGCCACACAAGUAUAGCUGCAAAAGGUGCCAGCUGACUUUCGGCAGAGGGAGGGAGUACCUGAAGCACAUAAUGGACAUGCACAAGGAGAAAGGCUAUGGCUGUAGCAUCUGUAACCGGCGUUUUGCCUUGAAGGCAACUUACCAUGCACACAUGGUCAUCCAUCGGGAGAACCUGCCUGAUCCUAACGUGCAGAAAUACAUCCAUCCAUGUGAAAUCUGCGGAAGAAUUUUUAACAGUAUAGGAAAUCUGGAAAGACAUAAGCUUAUACAUACAGGUGUAAAAAGUCAUGCUUGUGAGCAAUGUGGCAAAUCAUUUGCUAGAAAAGACAUGUUAAAAGAACAUAUGCGAGUCCAUGAUAAUAUCCGAGAAUACUUGUGUGCAGAAUGUGGCAAAGGAAUGAAGACAAAACAUGCGCUCCGUCACCACAUGAAACUUCACAAAGGGAUUAAAGAAUAUGAAUGCAAGGAAUGUCACCGAAAAUUUGCACAGAAAGUCAACAUGCUGAAGCAUUACAAAAGACAUACGGGAAUCAAAGAUUUCAUGUGUGAGCUCUGUGGCAAGACGUUUAGUGAGAGAAAUACGAUGGAGACUCAUAAGUUGAUUCAUACAGUAGGAAAACAGUGGACAUGUUCGGUCUGCGAUAAGAAGUAUGUCACUGAUUACAUGCUGCAGAAGCACAUUCAGCUCACUCAUGAUAAGGUAGAAGCCCAGAGCUGUCAGCUGUGCGGGACAAAGGUUUCUACGCGAGCAUCCAUGAGUCGACACAUGAGGCGUAAACAUCCAGAG